CUUGUUUUCAAGGCGCCUGCGCAGAAACGUCCCUGUUGCCUCUUCCGACACGACACUUACAAGGGGCUGCAUGUGUUAUUUCGGGGAUUAACAACUGUAAAUGUAAAAACAAUUAAAUAAGGUUGACAACUACAGGUCUUAACAUGAGCACGCUAUGGAUGGGAAACUUGGAGCCCUACAUGGACGAAAACUUCAUAACCCGAGCCUUCGGCACUAUGGGGGAGUUGGUGGUGAGUGUACGGAUUAUACGCAACAAGAUGACCGGUAGGGGUGCAGCAGGCUACUGCUUCGUGGAGCUGACGGAUGAAGCCACAGCUGAGAGGUGUCUUCGUAAAGUCAAUGGAAAAGCACUGCCAGGAGCCACACCGCCCAGAAGAUUUAAAUUAAACCGGGCCACUUUUGGGAAGCAAGGAGAAAGCAGUCCACUCUAUUCUCUGUUUGUUGGGGAUCUCACACCUGAAGUGGAUGACGGGAUGCUGUACGAGUUCUUCUACAACCGCUAUCCAUCCUGUCGUGGGGGGAAGGUGGUGCUGGAUGGCACGGGGAACUCCAAGGGUUGUGGGUUUGUCCAGUUCCCAGACCAGAGGCUUCAAAAGCUGGCCCUGGAGGAGUGUCAGGGAGCGGUGGGGCUUGGGAGCAAGCCCCUACGACUGAGCCUAGCUGCUAACAAAACUAGGCAUAAUCAAUCAGACAACAGGGGGUGGGGGUCACAUGGAGGAGGCUACAGACACAACCAGCAACAAUACAAUCAACAGUCAUAUGGUGGUGGAUGGGGCUCUUGGGGCUACGACCAGAAUGGAGGCAACUAUGGCGGCUACAACUACAACCAGUAUGAUUACACACAGAAUUUUGCACAGGAAAAUGAAGCUGUUGAAGAGGAUGGUCUGGAAGAUCCUAACCCAGAGCUGGAUGUGUUGGAAGCCAACAGGAAGUUUAUGGAACACAGUGAGGAACUGUAUGAUGCCCUUAUCCAGUGCCACUGGCAACCCUUGGAAUCCUCAGAACAAGCAUUUGGAACCACGAGUAGCCUUCCAGAACCUGUCUACUGUUGAGGCGUACAAUGGAAUGGCAAUAUCCUCUUUUGCCAUGUUCUUUGGUCUUUCAUAUUAUAUUCUGUAAAUGUUUGAUCAUGGAAAGGUUAAAGACAAAUCCCCAGUCCUUGGCCAUAACUGCCAUUUGCUUUACAAUACUUUUUUAUUUUAUUUUUUUUUUUAAUUGACAAGCGUUUUAUUUUGUGUAUCUUUAUUAAAAGUCAUGCUGUGCCUAAGAA